GAGUCUACCAACUGGGUUCAGGUUGAGCCUGUGGCCAUCACUGAAGAAGGCCCAAUGUUCAGGUACUCUCCUGGAAUGUAUUAGUCCCUCACCAUAUACAGUAGAUUAAAGCUUUAAGUUUUGUUAUCCAACAAUUCUGUCUUAAGAUAAUAAUAACUAGAUGGAAUGUACAGUUGAAGUCAGAAGUUUACAUACACUUAGGUUGGAGUCAUUAAAACUCGUUUUUCAACCAGUCCACAAAUGUCUUGUUAACAAAAUAUAGUUUUGGCAAGUCGGUUAGGACAUUUUUCCAACAAUUGUUUACAGACAGAUUAUUUCACUUAUAGUUCACUGAAGUUUACAUGUGCCUUUAAACAGCUUGGAAAAUUCCAGAAAAUGAUGUCAUGGCUUUAGAAGCUUCUGAUAGGCUAAUUGACAUCAUUUGAGUCAAUUGGAGGUGUACCUGUGGAAGUAUUUCAAGGCCUACCUUCAAACUCAGUGCCUCUUUGCUUGACAUCAUGGGAAAAUCAAAAGAAAUCAGCCAAGACCUCAGAAAAAUAAUUGUAGACCUCCACAAGUCUGGUUCAUCCUUGGGAGCAAUUUCCAAACGCCUGAAGGUACCAUGGUCAUCUGUACAAACAAUAGUACGCAAGUAUAAACACCAUGGGACCCCGCAGCUGUCACCUAGAGAUUAACGUACUUUGGUGCAAAAGUGCAAAUCAAUCCCAGAACAACAGCAAAGUAUCUUGUGAAGGUGCUGGAGGAAACAGGUACAAAAGUAUCUAUAUCCACAGUAAAACGAGUCCUAUAUCGACAUAACCUGAAAGGCUGCUCAGCAAGGAAGAAGCCACUGCUCCAAAACCGCCAUAAAAAAGCAAUACUACGGUUUGCAACUGCACAUGGGGACAAAGAUCGUAGUUUUUGGAGAAAUGUCCUCUAGUCUGAUGAAACAAAAAUAGAACCGUUUGGCCAUAUUGACCAUCGUUAUGUUUGGAGGAAAAAAGCGGUAUCUUGCAAGCCGAAGAACACCAUCCCAACCGGGAAAAACGGGGGUGGCAGCAUCAUGCUGUGGAGGUGCUUUGCUGCAGGAGGAACUGGUGCACUUCACAUAAUAGAUGGCAUCAAGAGGAAGGAAAAUGAUGUGGAUAUAUUGAAGCAACAUCUCAAGACAUCAGUCAGGAAGUUAAAGCUUGGUCGCAAAUGGGUCUUCCAAAUGGACAAUGACCCCAAGCAUACUUCCAAAGUUGUGGCAAAAUGGUUUAAGGACAACAAAGUCAAGGUAUUGGAGUGGCCAUCACAAAGCCCUGACCUCAAUCCUAUAGAACAUUUGUUGGCAGAACUGAAAAGGCGUGUGCGAGCAAGGAGGCCGACAAACCUGACUCAGUUACACCAGCUCUGUCAGGAGGAAUGGGCCAAAAUUCACCCAACUUAUUGUGGGAAACUUGUGGAAGGCUACCCAAAAUGUUUCACCCAAGUUAAACAAUUUAAAGGCAAUGCUACCAAAUACUAUUUGAGUGUAUGUAAACUUCUGACCCACUGGGAAUGUGAUGAAAGAAAUAAAAGCUGAAAUAAAUCAUUAUCUCUACUAUUAUUCUGACAUUUCACAUUCUUAAAAUAACCUGACUGACCUAACUGACCUAAGACAGGUAAUUUUUACUAGGAUUAAAUGUCAGGAAUUGUGAAAAAUUGAGUUUAAAUGUAUUUGGCUAAGGUGUAUGUAAACAUCCGACUGCAACUGUACCUGCUAACACUUAUUUAAAGAUGACAGUCUGACUUCAUUGCAUUUGUUUAAUUAAUUGUUUAAAAGAAAUACAGUGUAAGUGAACCCCACCUCUUUAAGGAAUACCUGGGAUAGGAUAAAGUAAUCCUUCAACCCCCCCCCCCCCCCGCCCCCCCACCCCCAAAAAAACAAAAAAACAAAAAAAACAUGUAAAGUGGUUAUCCCACUGGCUAUAAGGUGAAUGCACCAAUUUGUAAGUCGCUCUGGAUAAGAGCGUCUGCUAAAUGACGUAAAUGUAACGUAAAUGUAAUGUAAAUGUGAGGAUCUACAGACAAGUUUAACAAAGUAAAGCAACCAUUCUUAUAUUGGCCAACUGCUGAUAAACAAUUAAAUACAUGACUUACAUAUGCUAAACCCAUUCUGUCUUCUUUUCAUGCCGUCCCUAGCAUGUCUCCCCCAGGGCGCUACGAGUGCACAGCAUCAGGGCUCCGGUGGGUGUGUAAAACCCAUGUCAUUCUGACGUCUCAAUUCAGCUCCUGGGAGCCUCACAGGGCAAUGAUGAAAAGCUUGGGGUACAAGCAAGGAGGCCCCCUACUGGACAUCACAAUCAUUUCAGGAGAACUGGAAGAAGUGCAUCUGCCACAUUUUGCCUGUUUCGGUAUGUUUUAUUGUUUAUAACUAAAAUAUAACUGAUGCAAACUACUUUUUAAAAUCCUUGUUAAUGUCAACCUAAUGUUUAUGCAAAUGUACUGUUUUUGCCUCUGCAGGCGAUGAUCCCUCCUUUAAAAAGAAAGUGAGAGUUCUACAUGUAGAAGACUGUGGCGUGUCCAUAGUAAAAGUGGAUGAAGUCACCCGCUUCCACGUCAAGAUCCUCCAUCCAUCCUUCUCUCCAAAAGGAGUUCUCAUGAGAUCUGGCCUUCGGGUGAAAGCGCACUGUGACUUGCUGCUCUACCAGGCCAAGACAGCAUUCCUCACGCUACAUGCAUAUCUGGUCCCCUGUGAUUCCUCUGUAGAACAGGUUAUUUCAGUUUAUUGUUCUCCUCUGUGAUUAAAUAAUAUCUUAAUGGUAUCAAUGCAGAUAAUACCAGUGGAUUAAAAAAAUAAGACAUUUAAUAUAUAGUGUAUAAUUGUCUAGAUAUUGCCAAGCUCCUAUUCAGUGCUUCACUUGAGCAGGAGCUCACCGGAGCUGACUACCAGCACCUCAAAUGUUCUACUGCUUGUUCCUCUUAUAGAAUAUUAGCUCAAAAGUAUUGUAUUGUGGAUCUCCUCCACCUAAAUAUAAACAGUACAGGCACCCAAAAUGAGUAAAUAUGGUUCCUACAGACGGAAAAACAGCUGUUUAUAUUCUGUCCAAAAGCAGGGGAAUUUGGUGGACUUAUGGUUUUUGGAAACCGUGGGGGUCAGAGACCGAUUAUUAUGGUGGGAGAUUAUAAUACAGUUUUAAGUACCUCAAUGGACUGUAAAUCAUAAAGGAAAUCACACUACAAGCUAUCACCCUCAUGCACUUAGGGAAAUUACAAAUAUCAUGGACACAUUAGAACUAGAGGAUAUAUGGAGGCUUAAACAUCUAGAUUUAGUGAGAUAUACAUGGAGGAGGCUUAAUCAAACUAGCCGUCUUGAUUACUUACUGGUAUCCUUCGUGCUGGCACCAAAAGUUUUUUUUAAAGUGUUGAUGGGGGUAGAAUGCAGUCGGACCAUCAAAUAAUUGGCAUCCACAUGACUCUUACAGAAUUUCCACAUGGGCCAGGAUAUUGGAAAUAAAAUUAAAGCCUAUUGGAUGACAACCUGUUUUUAACCAAGACAAAUGAUUUCAUAUCUGACUUUUUCCUGCGUAACAUAGGUACAGCAGAUCCACUUAUUGUAUGGGACACUUUUAAAUGUGCCUUCAGAGGUCAUGCAAUUCAAUUCUCAUCUUUAAAACAAAAACAAUUUCAUUCAAAAGUGUUCACAUUAACAAAGGAAAUAGAAGAAAUAACAGUACAGAUGGAUAGCAAUAAAAACGGUACCGUAGAGUCACAGAAUAAUUUAGAGGAAAAAAUUAAAUAAAUGGAGGAACUUAUUCGGGAAUUAUCAAGUAUAAUGUAUUAUAGAAGUCAAGCGAAUUGGAUGGAAAGUUGUAAAAAAUGCUCAAAAUUGUUUUUCAAUCUUCAACAUAGAAAUGCUACCAAUAACAAUUUACAGAAAACUUGUUACAAAUGAUGGAGUCAUCCAUGAUUCACCAAAUUAUAUUCUGAAAGAGGAAGCAAAGUACUUUAAGCAUAAAUUAUUAUUAUUAUUAUUAUAAAAUUAUUUUCAGUUGUCUCUUUUUCCACUACCUAAGGAUAUUUUUUCCUAAUAAUAGUGUAAAUUAACAGCUGUACUGAAAGACUUGUGCAAGGGCCUAAUUGCAGAGGAUGACCUUCUUGAUGCAAUUAAAAGCUUUUAGGCCAGGGAAAACUCCAGGGCUGGAUGACAUACCAGUUGAGGUACAGUGCAUUUGUAAAGUAUUCAGAACACUUCCCUUUUUCCACAUUUUGUUACGUUACAGCCUUAUUCUAAAAUGGAUGGGGAAAAAAUGCUUGUCAAUCUACACAAAAAUAUCACAUAAUGACAAAGUGAAAACUGUUUUUUUGAAAUUUUACCAAAUCUAUUACAAAUAAAAACAGAAAUACCUUAUUUACAUAAGUAUUCAGACCCUCGAAAUUGAGCUCGGGUGCAUCCUGUUUCCAUUGAUCAUCCUUGAGAUGUUUCUACAACUUCAUUGGAGUCCACCUGUUUUAAGAUCAAUUGAUUGGACAUGAUUUGGAAAUGCACACACCUGUCUAUAUAAGGCCCCACAGUUGACAGUGCAUGUCAGAGCAAAAACCAAGCCUUGAGGUCAAAGGAAUUGUCCGUAGAGCUCCAAGACAGGAUUGUGUUGAGGCACAGAUCUGGGGAAGGGUACCAAAUAAUUUCUGUAGCAUUGAAGGUCCCCAAGAACACAGUGGCCUCCAUCAUUCUUAAAUGGAAGAAGUUUGGAACCACCAAGACUCUUCCUGGAGCUGGCCUCCCGGCCAAACUGAGCAAUCGAGGGAGAAGGGCCUUUGUCAGGAAGGUGACCAAGAACCCGAUGGUCACUCUGACAGAGCUCCAGAGUUUUUUGCUAUUCAAAUUAGAUCUAACAAUAAUAUAGAGGGGAUUAAAAAACAAAGGUGUCAUUGUACUCUGACGACUCAAAGUUCCUCUUAAAUCCGCAAUCUGGAUAAUUUUUCUAACCUCUCUCGAUUACAACCAAACUAUUAUAAGUGAACCAUAUUAGGUAUAUUCGAUUUUUUUUUUAAAUGCAACUUAUUUUAGCAAAAUAUAUUUCACUUUAUUUGGAAUGGCAAGCCAGACAAAAUAAAACAUGCUCAUUUAUAUAAUGAAUAUGAGUUCGGGGGCUAAAAUGAUUAAAUAUUAAAGCAUUAAACCUCUCACUAAAAUAAUCAGUCAUACAAAAGUUAUACUUAAACCCGAACUGGUUCUCCAGUAGAUUACUAAGAAUGGCUCAUCCCUUGUUAAAAAAUGGCAUUUUCCCCUUUAUCAAGAUUAUAAUCUCUCACUUUCAGUUAAUUGAAAAUGUAACCUUUAUCAAAAUAUCGUCCUUUCUAAAACAAGCCAUGCAAAAAGCUGGUUGCAAUUCCAGUUUCACCCUCCAGAAAAGACAGAACAAAUAUUACAACAAAUAAUAUGGUUAAAUUCAAAUACUAACUGACAUGUAUAAGUACUAUAUACAGUGGGGAAAACAAGUAUUUAGUCAGCCACCAAUUGUGCAAGUUCUCCCACUUAAAAAGGUACACGUCAACUAUGACAGACAAAAUGAGAAUUUUUUUUCCAGAAAAUCACAUUGUAGGAUUUUUAAUGAAUAUAUUUGCAAAUGAUGGUGGAAAAUAAGUAUUUGGUCAAUAACAAAAGUUUCUCAAUACUUUGUUAUAUACCCUUUGUUGGCAAUGACACAGGUCAAACGUUUUCUGUAAGUCUUCACAAGGUUUUCACACACUGUUGCUGGUAUUUUGGCCCAUUCCUCCAUGCAGAUCUCCUCUAGAGCAGUGAUGUUUUGGGGCUGUCGCUGGGCAACACAGACUUUCAACUCCUCCAAAGAUUUUCUAUGGGGUUGAGAUCUGGAGACUGGCUAGGCCACUCCAGGACCUUGAAAUGCUUCUUACGAAGCCACUCCUUCGUUGCCCGGGCGGUGUGUUUGGGAUCAUUGUCAUGCUGAAAGACCCAGUCACGUUUUCAUCUUCAAUGCCCUUGCUGAUGGAAGGAGGUUUUCACUCAAAAUCUCACGAUACAUGGCCCCAUUCAUUCUUUCCUUUACACGGAUCAGUCGUCCUGGUCCCUUUGCAGAAAAAACAGCCCCCAAAGCAUGAUGUUUCCACACCCAUGCUUCACAGUAGGUAUGGGUGUUCUUUGGACGCAACUCAGCAUUCUUUGUCCUCCAAACACCGACGAGUUGAGUUUUUACCAAAAGUUAUAUUUUGGUUUCAUCUGACCAUAUGACAUUCUCCCAAUCCUCUUCUGGAUCAUCCAAAUGCACUCUAGCAAACUUCAGACGGGCCUAGACAUGUACUGGCUUAAGCAGGGGGACACGUCUUCCACUGCAGGAUUUGAGUCCCUGGCGGCGUAGUGUGUUACUGAUGGUAGGCUUUGUUACUUUGGUCCCAGCUCUCUGCAGGUCAUUCACUAGGUCCCCCCGUGUGGUUCUGGGAUUUCUGCUCACCGUUCUUGUGAUCAUUUUGACCCCACGGGGUGAGAUCUUGCGUGGAGCCCCAGAUCGAGGGAGAUUAUCAGUGGUCUUGUAUGUCUUCCAUUUCCUAAUAAUUGCUCCCACAGUUGAUUUCUUCAAACCAGGGUGCUUACCUAUUGCAGAUUCAGUCUUCCCAGCCUGGUGCAGGUCUACAAUUUUGUUUCUGGUGUCCUUUGACAGCUCUUUGGUCUUGGCCAUAGUGGAGUUCGGUGUGACUGUUUGAGGUUGUGGACAGGUGUCUUUUAUACUGAUAACAAGUUCAAACAGGUGCCAUUAAUACAGGUAACGAGUGGAGGACAGAGGAGCCUCUUAAAGAAGAAGUUACAGGUCUGUGAGAGCCAGAAAUCUUGCUUGUUUGUAGGUGACCAAAUACUUAUUUUCCACCAUAAUUUGCAAAUAAAUUCAUAAAAAAUUCUACAAUGUGAUUUUCUGGAUUUUUUUCCCUCAAUUUGUCUGUCAUAGUUGAUGUGUACCUAUGAUGAAAAUUACAGGCCUCUCUCAUCUUUUUAAGUGGGAGAACUUGCACAAUUGGUGGCUGAUUAAAUACUUGUUAUUACUUGUAUAUAAAAAAAGGGCCAUAUAUGUAAAAUGUACAUGUAAACAAAAGAAAAAGCUGUAAAAACAACGUUUAUUUUUGUCCUCCUGAGUGGAUGUGCCGUAAAAAAUUACACAUAAAAUUAGAGUCAGAUAUGGUUUUGCUGUGUCGAAACAUCUCGCUGCAGUUUUUCUUGGGGUUGCCGGUUUUUCAGUUUAGAAUAUAUUAUAUAGUUCAUUCAUUGACAGUGUCACACCACAAAAUCCAACAAAAUGUAAUGUGUGAAUGGUUUUGAUAAGGAAAUGUUGGCUUAUGCUUCUUCAGGCUAUGAAGAAAAAGGAGCAGUCUUAUGGAUACAGGAGUAUCAGAAAGCCGCAACCAGUGAAGUCCCUUCGGAUGAAGGAUUGGUUCAGCCUCACAACAUCAUCUCCCUCUGCUGAAGUUAAACCUCCUGUAUGGGUUGAGCUCCCACAGAAUAUCAAUCUAGUCCAAAAAGCAAUAGCAAUUUUAAUAUCCUAUAAAAAAACUACCAAAAGAAACACCCUCUCAUCUACUGUCUCCACAGAAAAUGAAGCUGAGGUAUGACAACACUACACCAAACUUCUUUGAGGUGUUCAUAGAAGAUGCAGAUGUUGACUUUGGGAUGAAGCUUAUCAGUGACGUGGAGGGGGAAAUCGUCUGGGAUCAUACAAUACGAAAAGGUCAGAAAAAGAUUAUGCGAAAAAUAUCAGUGUCUCAACAGGCACCAUGUCAGUUAAAGUCAAAGAUAAUAAUAAUAAUAAUAAUAAUAUUAAUAAUAAUAAUAAUAAUAAUAAUAAUAAUAAUAAUUCAAUUUGGUGUGUUUUUCCCCCAGCUGACUACAGACACGAAACCACUCAGAAUUCACAAAGUAAGUGUUGUAAUAUUCCUGUAAACAUUAGAAGAUCCAAAACUAAAUGAUUUUUCAUUCGGCUUGGAUCCCAUCUCCGUCCUAUGGAUUAAAAAAAUAAACAAUGAUUGGUGUUACUUGGAUUAUUAUUUUUUACAUGAUAGUACUUUAAAAAGAAGUGGCAAUAUUUAGAGAAUAUAGUGGCAAUAUUUAGAGAAUAUAAUCAAAAUUACAUUUUGUGAAUAAAGUGGUAAUAUUUAGAGAAUAAAAAGGCAAUAUUUCCAAAAUAAAAUGGCAAUAUUUGGACACACUUGGUGAUUUAUUAGAUCAUUAGAAUUUAUAAGUGUGAGUGUGCAGUGACGGCCUGUUUACGAGCGUAUUUAGAUCAUUCGAUUAUUAUCCGAAUAUUAAUUAUUUCGAAAUCAAAUUUUAUUGGUCAAUAUCCAAAAAUACAACAGGGGCAGACAUUACAGUGAAGUGCUUACUUAAGCCGUAACCAACAGUGCAUUUAUUUAAACAAAAAAUAAAACAAUAACACACACAAAAAAAGUGUUGAGAAAACAGAGCGAAUAAAUAAAGUGACGUAGGAGGCUAUAAUACAGGGGGGUACCGUGCAAAGAGUCAAUGCGGCGGGCAACCAGGCCUGUUGAGUGUAGUGAAAGUAAUAAUGUACCCAUGUGGGUAGAGUAAAGUGGAGACUAUGCAUAAAUACUUAACAGAGUAGCAACACGUAAACAAAGUUGGGGUGGGGGGCAGUUGCAAAUAGUCGGAGUAGCCAUGUUAGCUGUUCAGAGUGUUAUUGGUUUGGGGUAGAAGCUGUUGAGAAGUCUUUUGCUCCUUGGUUCUAAUACUCUUCCGUAGCAUCCAAGCUUCAGCACAAUUUAUCAUGGCUGCGUUUAAAACUCAAAGUAGACAGCCCUCGGCCCUAAACCCUCAGCCCUUGAAUGAUGUUUUACAUCGUCACAUCCUAGUAUACCUUAAAUGUCCCUUACCCAAUCAUGGGAGAGUGAUGAUCGGAGAGGCAACGUCCUUGGUGGAAAUUUUGAAGUUGAGCUUAAAAACAACCAACUUAAAGCUAUUAAUGUGUCUAGUAAGCUAACGUAUCUAGCUAGCACCCCUGUCAGGUAGCUAGCUACAGUUACCCAUAGCUGGCUAGCUAGUUUUAUAGUUUGGUAACUUAUUCCAAUACAUUUCAGAAUUCCAAAAAUGUUUAUGAAUCUAGUUACGUUUUAUAGGCUCCUCACUAUGAGACUAAGCCAAUUUGCCAACGCUAAAAUCAAUGGCUAUUUCUAUUUUUUAGCAAGCUAGCUUCAUAUUUUUUCUGACAUGCCGAAAAUGCAGCCUUGUUGAUUAAAUUUGACACUUCGCGGCCACCAGAGUUUGACAUGUGACUACAGUUUGCAUUGUGGGUCAUAUCAAACCCGCAAGUGACCAAAGUUGUUCACUCGCUCCCUCAAGAUAAAUCGAGGGCUGAAGUGAGUGAAUUGGACCUCCACUUAAGAUGGCAAUCAAACUGCAUCUGGUUUCGACUGAGAUUCCCCUGAGGGAAAGUGGCUAGCGCAAGGGCUGAGGGGGUAAAAAUAACGUGUUUAGACUGCAGACAAUGUUUUUUAUUUCGUUUUUUGUGUAUUACAAAUGUGAAUUUCAUCACGUUUAAAUGCAAUUGUCCUGCAACCAAACUUUUCCUCAGACCAGCACUUUGUUGACCUCCACCGGACAGACCUGAUCCAGAGAGUGAGCCAGGUGAAGCCCAUCUUGGAUAAACUCCUGGCCAAGAGAGUCAUCACUGACGAGGGCAACAGUACAAUAAUGGCCAAACGCACCACCCAGGACCAGAUAAGGGAGCUCUACAUGGGACCUCUGAGGGCAAGCGGCAGCAGAGCGAAAAAUAUUUUCUAUGAGAUCCUGAAGGAGCUGGAGCCACUGCUAAUCAAAGACCUGAAGGGUGAAUGA